CCUGAGCCAGUGAAUUCUCGCUCCCAAACUUCAAUGGAACCACAUGGAGGUUUUCCUCGACGUCCGGCUCCGGGCACUAUCUUGGCUUCGAGUUUGCAAGAAAACAAAACGGUUAGUAGUAAAACGUUCUUGUUUAAACUUGUAUUCAAUGUUGGCGAAAGAAUGGUCUACCUACUGGGUGCUAAACUUCAAAUGCUUUUAAAAUACGAUACCAGCAGAGUUGUUAAGACAGGGAAAAUGCAUAGAGAUGGCAAGACUACAUGUCACAAUGCAGUUCGUAAGUUUGUUCAUGGUCAAUUCUUUGGCGAUCCUCAUUCCACUCCAUCUGGAAUAACCAAUAUCACCUUCUAA